UCAGAAUCAUCACAGUUGUCAUGGAGAUGUGAUUCUGUGUCACUGCUGUGCCACAGAGUCCAGUUACUUGAGCCUGCUGCCCACCUGCCUUUGGCCUUUUUUUGCCUACAUUUUGUAGCCAGGCUGGAGACAGAGAGGGAGGUGUUCUACAGUCAUGGACAGUCAAAACAAGGAUGGCAGCAGAGAGUCUUAUGAGCUCAAGAUUUCAGAGUUAUUAAAGGGUUUAGCUGAGAGGAAAACAUCACCCAAUGAGAGCAUUCAUGCUAACAUCAGCCUCUCCAUCACAGAGCCAGGAACUUCUUACAACCAUGGGAACUUCAGAUCUAGAGCUGUCCUCCCUAAAAAACUCUGUCAGCUGUCCACGUGUCAGUAUGAGAGGCAAGAUCAUCUGAGAGAAAGCUUCAGUGCUCCGGUACUCGUUCUUGCCUGCAUCCCUGCAUCUCAGGCGGGACAAAAGCAACCCACGUUAUCAUUCCCAGAUCCAGUCCUCUUUGCACACCUGGUGGAAAAAUCAGAGAUCUUUGCCUCUGACUCAGAACAGCUUGAAAAGCAAGAGAUAUAUCCGUACAUCCUAGGAGUGCAGGCUUGGAGGAAACGGGAGCAACGUGAACCACAAUGUCUGCUGCCUAAACAGUUUCCCCAAACUGGGACAACCAACAAAUGGUUCUUCAAGGAUUUACUGGACCUCCAGAAGAAGCUGUUUUUGGGUGCCUCAAAGAAAUCUGGAGCCCUGAGGAAAUCUCAGACACCUUGGAAAACUUCACACCACCAGUCAGAAUGUUCUUCUUUAAUGCUUAGGAAAGUUCAAGACUGACAGAAGAAAUAAACUGCAAAUGAAACUAGCACUAACACUCAGUGGCAGAGUGGUCAUUGAGGCAAGAAAUGUAUAAUUACGUGUCAGAAUGGUACCAUGUUCCAUAAAGCAUUCUGAGACUUGAAAAGCAUAGUCCUAAUAAUAUGAAAUAUCCACUAAAAUCAUUAUUAGAUAUGCAGGGAAUAAAGUUAGAUAUUUUUUUCACCCAAAAAGUAAAAAUAAAAUAUGCAGAUUUAUAAAGACAUCUCAGCACAAACAUGUUUCUUAUUGUUUCAUGCAAAAAUAAUUUUUAAGUGUUUAGUGGCCAGGUUAAU